ACACGGGCAAUGAUAUACGUCUCUAGUUGUCCUAGACCUUGACCUGAAAGUUUGGUUUGUCAGCGAUUUUUAGGUUUUUGCCUACCGAUGAAUGGCAAAUUGAGUUGCUAAGCGCCUGCUGCGGCGUCGGAACAGGUAGGCGUGAAGAGAGGCAAGCAGGUGUUCGACGGAAAAUGGCAAAUUUGAAGGAUUCUCGACAGGGUUCGGAUAGCCUGUCCCCAGAGUACUCGUUAAACGACAGUCCGCAUUCCACGAGUAUCCCCGUUAGAAGCGGCAGCGUUAUGGUCAGCAAACCCUCUAUCGACCCACAGAACACAGUUCCCCGCGCAGCCAGCCUAACGUCUCCAACUAAACCACGAAGCCGCCGAUUCAUGCUUUCGUUAAGAGGCUCUCGUGACGGCACUCCGAGCGUUCCUGAAUCGGGAGAUGCGAAUAACGAGUCUGGAGCAGCUGCAGCCGCCGCCGCCGCCGCUGCUGCCGCAGCAGCAGCGAAUAAAGGGCGGCCGAGGGAUCGUCGGUGGCUGUUUAGCAAGUCUGCUAGUUACCGCUCUGCCAAUAACGAGCUCAGCAGCAACCGCAGCAGCAGCAGCAGCAGUCAGCACGUGCACUCCUUUUUCCCCGCCGCUUUUUUCAGCGAUGGCGCCAUCAGCAGCGGCAGCAGCAGCAUCCCCAGCAGCUACGCCGGGUCGACAGCUGGCACCCCAAUCAGCGCCGUGAAUAGCGCCGACGCGAGUAUCAGCGCAACGGCCAGCGGAAGCUCCGCGAGCGGGGUGUCUGCGCGGGAGAAAGCUGCGCGGAAGAGUAAGAGCAAGGCGCGCGCCAUGCGCCGCGCGACCCUGGGCGCGGGGAGCUUCCGCGCGUGCUUCUUUCCGCACAGUGGAAUGGUGGCAGGAGAUUGGGAACCCGAGGAGAUGGCGGAACGCGCGGAGCGGAUUCACCGCCUGCAGAACCGGCGGGAGGAGCGGAAGAAGCGGACGGGGGAAGGGGGAGCGGCUGAGGGGGAGACAGACGCGGAAGAGGAAACCAGGAGCGGAAAAGCUGGCAGGGGCGGGGGGAAAUCGCCGCGGAAAGGGGGAGAAAGACACGGGGAGGGGGAAGGCACGGAGCGGGAAGAUAGACACAGGGAUGAGCCUGGGAAAGGUGCCGGUAGUGGUGGUGGCGGUGGCGAUGCUGAUAGCGAGGAAGCUGCUAUCGAGGAUGAUGAAUGCAGCGAUGAAGGAGUGGCGUUAGACGAUUACAUCCGCGAGCCGGGCUCGUUAAUGGAAGCCAUAGCUAUCAGGCGGUCCAUGCAACGACCAGGGAGCGGGAAGGACGCGGGGAGGGUUGACGGCGACGAGAGGGAGGGGGGAGGCGAGGGGGAGGGUGGGAGAGAAGAGCGGAUGGAAGUGAAUUGUGGGGAGGCAGAAGGAGAGAGGGAUGGGCGGGAGGCAAGGGGCAAUAAGAAUCAGCGUUCUGGAUUCGUAGAUAAUGAGGGAAGGGGUAAGGGCGGGAAGGAGGGGGAGCAGGAAGAGGCAUGGGGGAGGGAGCCAGAGAGGGCGACUGGGGAGGGAAGGCAUAGGGAGGGGAUGGGGGCGGAGAGGAGGAGGAGCAGGAGCGGCAGUGGGAGUCUGAGAAGCAGCCUGUGCAGUAUAGAGGAGGAUGCUGGGGGCACAACUGUCUCCACUGGUGGGAGAGAUGUCUUUUCAUGCCACCCUGCUGCUAGUAACGCGUCUGACAGUAACGAGUUUCCAGUGGGGAAUGAUACGCCAGGGGUGGAUCAGGGAGGGACCAGGGGAGGGCAGGGAGGGAAGGGAGGGCAGGCAGGAACUGAAGGGCAGGUAGGUUCUGAGGCAGGGCGUAUUGCAGUGCGCAUGCCAGACAUGAGGUCAGCAGGGCAUGUGCGGGGGAGGGGAGGGAGCGAAGGAGCCGAGCUUGUGGGGCUCUCGCCUGGCAGAUCACCUGGCAUGUCCCCUGCGUUUUCACCUGGCCACUCCGCUUCUCCAACCCCUGCAUUUUCACCUGGGCACCCCACUUUUCCAGCUCCUGCAUCUUCACCUGGGCACUCACCCUCCGUGACCCCGGCACGAUCACCUCACCGGCCGCCCCGCCCCACGCGGUCAUCAUCCCUGUCAGAAGGGAGACUGGAGGCGAAGCCUGAUGGCCGCUCAAGCAGCCCUGCAGCGGCCCUCUCACCCCCCCAUGGGGGCCUCCAGGAAAAAAGGGCCGGGGAGGCGACUCAAUCGCAGCCGGUCUCACCAUCAGCGUCACCCGUGUCAGUGCCAGCAUCCCCUGUGUCGUCCUUGUCUCCAUCCCGCCUCUUGGCGUCUAUGCCCACCCAUCCUUCCAAGGCCAUCCCUAUUUCCAAAUCUGGGAUCGAUCUGCCCCCGCCUGCUCUCCCUGUGUCUCACGGCUCCUCCCCAGCCUCUCGUUUCCAGCAAAGCCCCUCCUUCAUGCAGCAGCACUUGCAACACCUACAGCAGCAGCAGCAGCAGCAGCAGCAGCAGCAGCAGCAGCAGCAGCAGCAGCAGCAGCAGCAGCAGCAGCAGGAGCACCAACGGCACCAUCAUCAUUCCAAGUCGUUGUUUGACGGGGCAAGCGCCACUUUCGAUGCGAUGGUGACUAUAAGGGGAGUUCCGAGGGCCCCUGGGGGUAAGGGAGGGUGGAAGGACGCUGCUGCUGCAGGAGCAGACGAUUUCGGACUCGGACCUUCAGGAGUUUCGGCAGGGGCAGGCUCGGCAGUAGGAGGUUCGGGGCUCGGAGGCUCGGCCGCGCUCUCCCGGUCCUUCCGAGGAGGUUCGGCCGGUGCUGCAAUGGCAGCAGCUGCAGCAGUGGCGGCAGCUGCUGUUGCUGGUGGGGGUGGGGCAACGGGUGCUAACAGCCCUUUGCUGCAGGCGAAGAGAAGGCAGCUGGGGGCGAGGUCCAUGAGGGGGAAGAGCCUGGCAGCGCUGGACUUUGAGAGAAUGAUGAUGAGUGCAGGAGGCGAGAGGAGGGGGGGAGGUGAUGGUGGCGGUGGCGUUGGUGGUGGCGCUGGUGGUGGCGCUGGUGGUACUGUGGGUGGUGGUUCUGGGGGUGUGGGGCGGGGAGGGAAUGAGGGAGGGGAGGACUCGGAGUGGGAAGGGCGGCUGGAGCUAGAAGAGUGGGAGAAAGCGAGCGGGAUCAGCGUGACAGAGGCUGGAGUGAGGGAGAGUAAGGCAGGAGGUCAGCGGGGUGGGGAUGAAGAGGCUCGAAGUGCAGAGGAUGCUUCUGCUGCCUCGUCUGCUGCUACUGCGUGUGAGGGGAGUACCAGCAGAGGGAGAGAGGCAGGAGCGGAGAUGGCAGAGGUGAUGGAGGAGAGAGGGGCGGGGGAGGGGCAGGGGAUAAGGGAGGGAGAUGGAGGAGAGGCGAAGGGGGACAAGGGUGGGAGAGAGGAGAGGGGAAGUGAGGUUGGAGCUCUUGAGAUGCUUGGAGAGGGGAGGGACGGAGACAGGGGUGCGGUGGUGCUUAUGCCAAGUGGUAGCGUGGGCAGCGGCAGCACAAGAAGUGGAAGUAUGAGAGGUGACAGUAUGAGAGAUGAAAGCACGAGAGGUGAAAGUAUGAGAGAUGAAAGCACGAGACGUGAAAGCAUGAGGAGUGGCAGUGCCAAGGAGUUGAGGAAGAGCAAGAGCGUUAAGGGCGAGAAAAGUGUGGGGAAGGUUAAGAAGGCAAAGAAGAGUGCAAGCGACGAUGCUGCUAUUAGCCCCAGCAGUAACGCAUCGGGCUCUGUUGGCAGGACAGACAGUAACGCGUCAUGCUCUAUAGGGAGGACAGACAGUAAUGCUUCUCGCUCUAUAGCAAGGACAGAGAGCAACGCAAGUGCGAGUCUCGAUACUCCGCGUAGCCAGAGCAGUAUCGGUGCGAUCGACAGCCCUGGCAGUGGUACUAGGGAUCACAGCGGUGGUAAAAGAAUGGGUAGAAGUGCCAGUCAGAGCAGUGGGAGAAUGAAUAGACGCAAGCCGGAUGGUGAGAGCAGCACAAGCAAGGAUCAGAGCAGCAGUGAUAGAAUGGGUAUAAGUGUCAGCCAAAGCAGUGGUGAUGGGAGAAGGCUGGGGAAGAGUAGCAGCAGGCGGAAUGGUAUUGUUGGAGGGAAAGAGGAGGGGGGAGGAGGUGAGGUGACAUCUAGGAGAAUUAAAGAGGGAAGGAAGGAAGGGGACGAGGUGGGUGGGAGGAAGGAGGGGGCGAAGCGGGAUGGGAGAAGGGAAGGUAAGACGAAGGAUGGGAGGAGGGAAGGGAAGGGGAAGGAUAUGAGGAGGGAUGAGAAGAGAAGGGAAGAGGAGAGACGAGGAGGGAGGAGGGAAGAGGAUGGGAUCGAAGGGGGGGGGAUUGAAGAGGAGAGGGAUGAGGGGGAGAGGGGUGAAGAGGCAGGAGCAGCAGAGGAAGGGAUGGAGUGGAGCAAGCAGGGGGGUGUGAAAGGGAGAGAGAAGAGGCGCAGCAAAGGUAGUGAGGUGCAGUCAGGAAGAGGGGAAGAAAGAGAGGGGGGGGGCGAGAAGGGGACUGUAACAGAGGUGGAGAGAAGGGAGUAUUCUCCUGCUGUGGGUGUACCUGCUUUACCACGAGACUUCACAAUGGCAGAUCUGGGGCCGGCAGCACCUGAGAGGGCGCUUCCAGACGUGGGGGACUCUCUUGCUGCUGGUGCUGCGCCUGCAUUACCGCGAGACUUCACAAUGGCAGAUCUGGGGCAGGCAACACCUGCGAGGUCGUUUGCAGGCGUGGGAGAUUCUCCUGCCGCUGCUGCGCCUGGUUUGCAACGAGACUUCAGCAUGGCAGAUCUGGGGCAGGCGGGUCUGGGGAUGGGGCCUACAGAGUCGGCAGGGCCAAUGGGGCCAGCAGAAUCUACAGAUUCAAUGGGGUUAGCAGAGUUACCAGGGUCAAUGGGGUCAACGGGGUCAAUGCAGGUCAACAGCACACAGGUCAGCAGUGCACAGGUCAGCAGCCCGCACGACAGCAGCAUACCCAGCAGCAUGGACGAGUUUGACUUUGCAAGGCACCUGCUUACAGUGCGCGUCCCUGUGCGGCCCCUCUCAACCCUAUCCAACCCGUCAGCACCCCACUCUGACCGCUCAGGACCCCCCUCCACCCCCUCAGAGCUUUUGUCUGAACCAGCACGAAAUCAGCCUUUGGAAGAUGGGCAGGGAGAGGAGGAGGUGGAAAGGGGAGAGCAGGGAGAGCCAAGGGGGGGUGGGGAGGAACAACGAGGAGUGGUGAUGCCAGGAGGGAAGGAGGUGGAGGAGGAAGGGGCGAGUUCACAGCUGGUGUUCGCAGGCAGGAGGAUACGAGUGAGGGAUAAGGGGGGGGAGGCAGUGGUGGAGAGAGGACGGGGCACGAGGAAUGAGAGAGGAGGGGCAGAGUCGAGGGUGGUGGGAGGGACAGCAGGAGGGGGUGAGGAGGACCUCUAUAGCGAUGAUGGAGAUGAGCGAGAUAGCAAUCACGUGGAUGCUUCCCUCAAGGCUGCUGCUGGUGCUGCUGCUGCUGCUGGUGCUGCUGGUGUACCAGCCACAGCCACAGACGCCGGUGCUAGUGAAGCGUUAUCCCCUGGUGGUGGCAGAGUCCAGCAGAGUGGCUUUCCUGAGGCUCCUUCUCAAGGCGGUGUGGAAUCGUCCAGCGGCAGAAUUGAGCUGUCCAGGGGCAUUCUCGACACCUCGAAAGGCGCUUUUGAUCUGUCGGCGUCGCAGAGCAUCGCUCGCCCUGGCAGCUCCGGCUUCCAGUUCAGGCACCUGCCCCUCUCGGGCCCCCAGCGCUCCGCCCCGCCCACGCCCUUUGGCUUCUCAGGAACCAGCAGCAGUGGGGGUGGUGGGAGUGGUAGUGGUGGUGGCGGUGGUGGUGCCUGGCAGUGCCGAGAGUUUGGGCCCAUAGGGGCGGCUAGGGCGAGGGCGCAGAGGUGCCGGGAGCACUGGACGCUGCUGUUCAUGGAUCUGCUCGAUCUCAUGGUUAAACGGACGGCUGGAGAUGAGUCUGUGGAUGAUGAGAUUGAGCUGAUGGUCAAUCGGACGGCUGGGGACGCAUCUGCGAAUGAUGGUGGUGGUGGAGAUGGUGUGGGGUGGGGGCGGGGGGUGGGGGGAUUCGGGGAGAAAGAUCAGGAUGAGUGGGUUCGUGAGGAUGUUUAUAAGGGGAAUAGGGGAGAUGGAGAGGGUGGGGAGGGUAGAGAGGAGGUGUACAGGGAAGGUGGCUUCAGUCUGGCUCGGAUGCGUUCCGACAGCCUCGGCGGCAGCAGCAGCAGGCUCGGCAGCAGCAGUGGGAGGCUCGGGUCGAUGAUCCGAGCCUCGUCGUCAGCUGCGGCUCACCGGGACUUUGAGUGGAUCUGUGGGAAGUUCCGAACCGCCACGGAGCUCUCUGAUAGGCUGAGAGAGCGCCACAUCAGCGAGGCGUUUACUGUAGCGCUGGCUGUGUGGCUUAGGUUCUGGGAGCAGUGGGGGGACGGGCAGCCAGAGUGGGCACAGGAGGAAGAGGAGGAGGAGGUGUUGGAGGAGGGGGAGGAGGGGGAGGAGGGGGAGGAGGGGGAGGGAGAGGAGAGAGAGGAUUGGGAGGGGGACGGGGAAGAGCACAUGAGAAGGAUUCCCUCAGGGGCUUGGUUGAGUAAAGAAGGAAGGGGGGGAGGAGGGGGGGGAGGAAGGGGUGGAAGUAUGGGGAGGCAGAAUUCGUUGGGUGGGUUGAGUGAGGAGGAUGGUACGGGGAUAGGCUUGGAGUCUUGGGCCUAUAGAGAUAGCUUCGGGCGAAUGAACAGUGUCAGCCGGACCAACAGCAUUCACCGAUCCAACAGCAUCCACCGAACCAGCAGUGUCAGCCGAAGCUUCAGCCGAAGCAGCAGCCGCGGUCUCGUCACCACUCGAGUGGGCAGUCGCGGCAGCAGCAUCCGGGAAGGGGGGAGCACACGCGAGGGGGGGGUGCUGCUCCGCCUUGCCUCUACCAUCUCCUCAACCACUGCCCCCGAGCUGGAGGACCUAGCUGGCCUUGGGUUCAGCCGCAUUCAAGACGACCUGGCUGAGGCUGCUGGGUUGCUGGCAGGGGUGGUGACCGAGGGGGACGAGGAGGCGGGAGAGGGAACGCGAGACGAGGGUGGUCACGGCGAGGAGGGGCGGGAGGGGAGGGGGGAAGCGAGGGAGGGACGGUUGGGUAGGUCCGGCAGCACAAGGGACAGCAGUGGGAGUGGAAGUGCUGGCCUGGCUGGUCCCCCUUCGCGCCCCCAGAGGUGGAUGAGCAUGGAAGCUGGUAGUGCUGCAGGUGUUGUUGGAGGUGUUGGUGGGGGUAUGGGGGAAGGAGAGGGAGAGGAAGGGGAGGAGCGAGGGGUGUAUGGCAAGGCGCUGACGACAGCGGCAGUGGAAGGGGGCAGUGGCCGCCUUGCGUAUGCGGGGGAGGGGAGAGGGGGGCGAGGCACAGGCAGAGGCAGAGGAGGGGAGGAGGGAGGGAGGGGUGCAGAGGGCAGGGCAGUGCUGGCAGCACCGGCAGCGGCAGUGGCGCAGGUGUUUGUGUGGGACCCAGAGGGCAGCAUUCAGGAGCAGCUGGUGACCAUGGCGCUCUGCUGCCACCUGCAUGCCCUGCCUGCUGUUCCUGCUGUCGCCGCUGCCACUGCUGUCACUGGUGUGAAUGUUGGUGGAAGCAGCCGUCGUGGUGGUGGUGGUGGUGGUGGUGGUGGUGGUGGUGGUGUUGGUGGUGGCGGUGGUGGUGGUGGUGGCGGCGGCGGUGGUGGUGGUGGUGGUGUUGAUUUGGGCGAUGUUGAUUUCACUGGCAGCACCACCAAUACCAGCAGCACCACCAAUACCAGCAGCACCACCAAUACCAGCAGCACUAUCGCUGAUUUAGGCUCUCCUUCUCCUCUCCCUUCUGCAGCACUCGCGUCUGAUGCACCAGCAGCAGCAGCAGCAGCAGCAGCAGAGAGGGGCUACACCGAUCAGUUCCUGGGCUCGCGGUGCCACCACGACAACAUCCUCGUUUUUGUCGGCCUCGCUGCCGCGGUGAGCGUGUGGCGCCCCGCUACAGCCGCCCUAAUUCUGCUGCGCCUGCUGGACCGCAUCUCUUUCUUCGAGCUCCAGCUCGAGAGAGAAGAAGCUCUAGCUGCUGCUACUGCUGGUGCUGCUGGUGCUGCUGCUGGGGCCUCCAGCCACCAGAGACUAGGCUCUGCAAGGGCAGGGGCGGCUGGUGCAGGUGUAUCUGGUUCUGGUUCUGGCUCUCUGAGGUGCUCUCCUCGUGCGGCUGUGCCUGUUACUCGUUCCUUCGGACCCAUCGGUCACAACCGCACCCCCAGCAUGCAGCUACUGCAGCAGCAACAACUGAUGCUCCUCCAGCAGCAAUUCACCCCAGAAUCAGACGAACUCCAACCCCAUGCUUCCACCACUCUGCACCCCUCAACAAACCUGCAGCACCCCAGCAACAGCAACACCGGUACCAGCACUAGCAGGUCCUGGGCGCCGUUGCUAGGCGCGCAUCUGCCUGCGUGCCGCGCCUUUGUGGUGUCGUGCCUGUCCGCUAUCCUAACCGCCUGUAGCGAGCGAUCCGCAGCGGCUGUAGCGGCCUCCACGCCGGCAGUGCAGCGACUGAUGCUGUGGCAGGGCGGGGAGGGCGAGGGGCGGUUGGAGGAGGGCGAGGAAGGGGAGGAGGAGGAGGAGGAUGGGGAGGAGGAGAGGGAGGGAGGGGAUGAGGAGGGUGUGGAGAGGCAGGGAGGAAGGAGGGCUAGGAAGGGUGGUGAGAGUAAGCCACACAGGGGUGCGUGGACCAUGCCUAGUCUUUCUGGCGGCGUUGCUGCUUCUGGUGCCGCUGCCACUCCUGUGGCCACCAUCAUAGGAACCCCGCCGAUCCAAACCCCCCACCACCACUCCACACUCCACCCCAACCGUCCUCCCUCCUGUCCGCUCUCCCACUCGCCCCUCUCCCACUCGCCCCUCUCGCACUCGCCCCUCUCCUCCACGCACACCCCUCGCAAGCCGCGGGACUGGGAGCCCAUGUCCCUCGCAGCCAUGGCAGAGGUGGCUCUAGCCGAAGGCCUGGCGGCCGCCAAGCACUCGAGCCUGGAGGAGCGGUGCGAGGAGCAGGAUCGGCUGUACCUGCAGCUCAGCCUCGGCCCGGGCCUGCUGGGAAUGACCCUGGCGGCUACCAUGAGGGAACUCCAGCAUUUACACCCGGAUGACAGCAUGGCAAUUGCGAGUCUAGCCCAGGAACUGGCUCUAGAUGAGGCCGCGUUCCAUGCUGCCCUACGGGCGGUUUCCAGUGGGAGGUUGAAGGCAGCUGGGUUUGAUCGGGUGAUCGGGAUGGUGUUUACUGGGAGAGGGGUGGAGUCGGUUACUAUGAGGUUUGCUAGGCUGGCUGCUGCGGUUAAGACGGCACAGUUCUGGGGGUCGGGGGUUGGGCCGGGGCCGGGGGAUGGGGUUUACCAUUCGCCCCUGUCGUCACCUAGCAUGGGGGGGAAAGUGGUAGGGGAAGGGGGUGGAGGGGGAAAGGGUGCAGGGGCGAGCAGCAGUGUAGGUGGGUCGGCAUGCCAGGAUGGUGAUCCCAAGCCAGUUUUACCUUCACCAGAUACUUCCUCCCCUGCAGCAGCAGCAGCAACCAAGACCACCACCACCUCCCAUCCCCACUCCCCCUCUCCCACUUCCUCCCCUGCUCUCUCUGCUUCUACUGCCCCCUCCCCCUCCCGAUCCCCCUCUCUCUCUGCCUCUGCCCCUGGAUGGGCUGCUGCUGCCUUUGCAGUUGCCUCUAGCUGGGGCUCUGCUCUCGCCUCGCAAGCCAGUGCCGGAGCUGCAGCCUCGGCAGCAGGCUCGGGGAAAGGCUCGGCAGCAGGGGCAGUGAGUGGCUUGUGGACAGCGGGCAGAGCAGGGGCUGCAGCGGGUGGUGCUGGCUCAGGUGCAGAGUCAGGUGGAGGCUCAGGUGGUGCCGCAGGUGGUGGCUCAGGAGCUGCUGGUUCUGCUGGCGCUGAUGGCUCUACGGGUGUUGGUAGUGCGGUCGAUAGUGGUGGUGGUGGUGGUGGUGGUGGUGGUACGAGUGGCGCUGGUGCUAGUCCUGGUGAUGGGGCAGUGAGGGAGGGGAGGAGGCGGGGAGGGAGUGAAGGGCAGGCAGGUACAUGGCUGAGUGAAGGGGCAGCAGUAGAGGGGCAGGAGGGUGGGGAGGUGGCACCUGGUGGAGGUAGAUCCGGCCCUGGGCACACCAGGGGGAGGAGCGAUAUUCCAACACUAUGGCUGGGGGGAGGCAGAGGGAGCAGCGGGAGUGACGCCCUUUCCCCUGGUGCCUCUGCUGCUGCUGGCACAUGGGGGACAGGAGGUGGGGCGGGAGGGGGUAUGAGAGGGGGCAUGGGCGGAGGCAUGGGCGGAAGCAUGGGCGGAGGCAUGGGCGGAGGCAGCAAGCCAUCAAGCGCGGUGUUCAUGACGCCGCGCACGUCGCAGCAGAACUCGUAUGUGGCGGAGUUUGUGGACGCCAUGUUGAGGAGCGAAGUCAUGCGCCGGCAGCACCCGUGGGCGUACGAGCUGCUGCUCAACUUCAUGCGUAUUAAUAGUCGAGGGGCGCCCAUGGAAGAACGAGAGCUGAACCUAUGUGCUCAGGUGCUGCUCACCAAGUGGCUGGGCGAGGGCGAGGCGGAGGAGAUGCAAGAGAGGGCGGUGGCACGGGUGGAGGGGAUGGACGACCCGGGGGUGGAGGUGGGGUGGCCCAUGUGGGUGCGCAUAGGGCGCGUGGUGGAGCGCCAGUACGACCUGCCACGCCUGCUGCAUACCAUGCAGAGCCUCUCCAUCUGGUUCAACUACGAUGAGCUAGAGGAGGAUGGCACGUGCAGCAGCGCCACCGUCUCAUCCGUCUUUGACUGGGGCCUGGCCGGCCUGCUACAGGACCUGCCGCCCGGCGACGAUGCCGCCCAGUCGCUGCUGGACAUCCUCGACCCAGAAGUCGACGAAUGGAUCGACGUCUCGCUCGCAGUUGCCGCCCGCAUGGCGCUGCCGACCGGCAACUGGUGGCCCGUGCAGGGCGGCGGAGGGGUGGCGGGGUUUGUCGCGAAGCUGCUGUCACUCAUAGAAGAGUGCGGGGAGCCCACUCCAGAACAGCAGAGCCGGGCGGUGAAAGUGGCUUUGAGGCUGUGGAGCUGGGCUAUGCCAAAGCGGGAGCAGCUGCAGGAGCAGUGCGAGACGGAGGAGGAGGUGAUGGAGGUGUGGCAACGGUCAGCCUCAGCCAUCUGGCGCUCCGUGGCCUGUGGAGAAAUGGCGCCAGAGCCUUGACGUGCCUCAAGAACAGACACGCUCCCCCCCCACCUGAGGCAUGGAUUGACACCAACCCAAACCAAACCAAACCAGACCUGCCACUCACUGAUUUAACUAACGUAACCUAGGUUUUCGUACCUGCCACGUGCGGCAGCAUUUAUCCCCCAAAAUAGCCAGUCAUUGUGCUUUCAUUGAAGGCCACAGAACAUUCUUACCAUACCAGAGUGAGUUUCGUGCUCAGUUUUACCUGAUUAAUAUUAUUCUACCUGACUUCAGGGCCAUUGGCUGGUUACUUAUAUGCAUUUUGUACAAAAGCCCAUGAAUAAUUUCUUCAUAAGGGA